CAUUGGAGGAGGGCCCCAUUUAUGACUGUAAUAAGUAUGUAAUACACAUCCUCGGACACACAUCAUACAGGCGGAAGAAAGGGGAUAGACUAUUGUUCCUUUAACUUUUACACGAGCUGGGCUGCAGUGCUAGUGUGUAGCUGAACAAUAUAAAGAGUCAAAGAUGGCUACAGCUCUGGCCAACAGAGCAAUGGGAGCUAUCGUGGGAUCAGCUGUUGCAGAUGCAGCAGCACAGCCCCUCCACUGGGUGUAUGACCUGCAGAAGCUACAGGGGAUCCUGGCUCAGGAGCCAAACACUGAGUUUCGCUCUGAGUCGGCCAACCCAUUCUACAGGAGACAGACAGGCCAGCAGAGCUGUUAUGGAGACCAGGCCUUUGUCCUGCUGGAGUCCUUGUCUGAGUGUGGAGGCCUGAAUGUUGAUGAUCUGAAGCAGCGCACCCUGAAAUUCUUUGGGCCUGGAUCAGAGUACGACACUCCCAUCAAUGAUCCUUACAGAGAGAAAGGAGGGCCCAGACCUCAGCUACCCAUUGAGGGACCAUGGAGACAAGCAAGUUUGAAGGGGUUUUUGAAGAAUGUAGAUGCAGGCAAAGAAGAGACAGGCUGUGAGAAUGACUGCCAGAUUGAUGGCGUGGCAAAGCUUGCGCCCAUAGUGGCAUUUUAUGCAGGGAAGCCUGACAUGCUGGAGAAAGUGGAACUGGCAAUCCGAGUCACCCAGAACAACGACGAAUGUGUGGCAGAGACUCUGGCAGCUGCAAGGAUCUUGGAGCAUUUCAUCCUUAAUGGUCCUGAUCCAAAAGCUCUGGACUCUGUGCUCAAUCAGCUCAGUGAUCUGAACAGAAAGAACCCGCAGGAUCUUGACAAAGCAGUCACUGCUCACCUUUAUCAGGUGAAGGAAAAUCUGUCAAAGACCCCUCAGGAGCUGAUCCCAGCUGUGUUUCCAAACACAUGAGGUUUGCCAGGUGCAUUCCAGGCAGCGCUGCAUGGUGUCCUGACAGCUACGUGCUAUGAGCAGGCAGUCAGAGACACCAUGAGCUGCGGGGGAUGCACCUGUAGCAGAGGGUCCUUCAUUGGGGCCUGUCUUGGAGCUCAGGUGGGUCUGGACGGAAUUCCAGCUUCUUGGACGUCAAAAACCCUGCGUUACAACACAGUGUUAGAGCAUGCCAAGAAGAUCACCAAAGACCACUAAUAGUUUGUUGUUUUUCAAUAUGUGAACAAAAGAAAAACUGUUGAGCUUUUGCAGAACAGUGAAUGAAAGCUCUUGUCUAAACUGUUAGAUGGCAGGAGCUAGAUGUUUUUGUCUCUGUUUAAGUUUGACAUUUUUCCUGAAUAAAGUGAUUCUUAAAUAAAAGAAACU